AGUUUUAACAAUUUUAUUUGUUUGACGUGACGUUGUUAAACGAACACGUCAAUAUCGCAUAGCUUUAAUCGCGAAUCCUUCGUGUUGUGGUUUAAUUUCUUGAAGAACUAAUUGCUUUUACGUUCCAAUAUAUAAUUAAAGUUAUUAAAACUCACCAAAAUGCUGUAUCUUGAGGAUUAUUUAGAAAUGAUUGAGCAUCUCCCUCAAGAGCUUAGGGACAGAUUUACUGAAAUGCGAGAAAUGGAUUUAUCGGUUCAAAAUAAUAUGGAUACUUUAGAGAAAAGAGUACGCACUCUCUUUGGUGGAUGUAGACGAGGGGAAAUGAAUACUGAUCAGGCUAAUACGGAAUUUUCUGACAUCAAGAGAGGAUACAAUAAGACUCUUGAAGAAGCUGAUGAAAAAAUGGCUCUAGCUAAUCAGAUGUAUGAUUUGGUUGAUAGAUACUUGCGUAGACUUGAUACGGAGCUUCAUAAGUUUAAAUGUGAACUGGAGGCAGAUAACAAGGGAAUCACAGAAUUGUUGGAGAAGAGAUCUCUUGAACUUGAUGUGAACACCAAUCACGCUAGCACACCUAACAAUAAUCACUAUAAGGAAAACAGGUACCGCAUCCGGGCUGAAAAGCGUCGCGACAGCUGGGGUAACCGCGAAUCUCGGGGCCACGCCUCUGGGAAUCUUUCCAGAACUGAUUCUGCUAUACAAGCAGCAUUGGGACGAGACUCUUACUCGCUGGGUCAUGCUGGCAGUGCUAUUGCUGCUGCUGCCAGUCAGGCUAUUGCAGCAACACAGCAGAUGCAGCAUGGUCGUCGCACGGCCUCGCUGAAGGCUUCCUACGAAGCUGUGGCUGGUGGUGAACUCGCUCACCAUGCCCUGCAAACACAUCACACACAUCAUGAUCAUGGACAUGGAGGAAUGUCAACCAGCCAUGGUCAGAGCACAACUGUUCACGGCCAUCAUACUACUUCUCAUGGACACAAUAAUUCUUCUUCUUCUACUAAGAGGACCAAACAGAAGAAAAGCAACAGCUACAGUUCAACUGGGGUAUCUGCUCAUACUCAGCAGGCUGUGGCGUCAGCAGCCAGCCGAUCAUCUUCACCCACUGUGGUAGCCAUGAACAACGUCGUGAACAAUGUUGCUAUCGAGGAGCCCAUGGAGGAGGAAUGGACAUACGAUCCCAACGAGCCUCGUUACUGCAUCUGCAACCAGGUCUCUUACGGAGACAUGGUUGCCUGUGACAACCAGGAUUGCCCUUACGAGUGGUUCCACUACCCAUGCGUUGGCAUCUCUGCACCACCGAAAGGCAAGUGGUACUGCCCGCAGUGCCAGAGCAACAUGCGUCGCAACCGCGCCCACCGAAAGAACUGAAUUAUUACGACGAUGUUUCUGCUUUACGCUUAAUCUCAUACCGUCAUUAUGCCAUUAAUCUACCUGUAUACCUUAUUAAAUAAAUAAUUCCAUGCAA